UUGAAUGAGGUUCAGAAUUCUUCAGGCUCCCACAGAAAAUUCAUAAUUAAAUAAAACAUCUGGGUUCUCUCUGUUUCCAGUGGUCACAUGUGAGGUUGUUGCAUUUUUGAGUCUGGUCCCCUUAUUUAUAGAGGCAGCACUUUUACUUGGAAAUGAAAAUAAACAUAGAUACAUAGUUAUAUACACAACCCUCUUCUCCCCAUCUGUUCUCUACGUCGCUUACAUUUGUCUAUUGGGUACUUGGUCUAGCAAGGAAUGGAGAAAAUCAUAUUUGUAUUAGCAAUCUUGUUUGGAUUAGGCUAUUUUUCUAUCUAUGCCAAUGCAUUUUCGCCUUCCGCGUGGACUAAAGGUCAUGCUACCUUUUAUGGUGGCAGUGAUGCCUCAGGAACUAUGGGAGGAGCUUGUGGAUAUGGGAACUUAUAUUCUACAGGGUAUGGGACUAGGACUGCGGCCUUGAGUACUGCAUUGUUCAAUGAUGGAGGUUCAUGUGGGCAAUGCUACAGGAUCAUAUGUGACUAUACAAGUGAUAACCAGUGGUGUAGGAAAGGAGUAUCAGUGACAGUCACUGCUACAAACUUCUGCCCUCCUAACUAUGAUCUUCCCAGCAAUAAUGGAGGAUGGUGCAACCCACCUCUCCAGCAUUUCGAUAUGGCUCAGCCUGCCUGGGAAAAGAUUGGUAUUUACAAAGGAGGGAUUGUGCCCGUAUUGUUCCAAAGGGUUCCAUGCAAGAAACAUGGUGGAGUUAGAUUCACCAUAAAUGGAAGAGACUAUUUUGAGCUUGUUUUAGUUACUAAUGUGGCAGGGGCUGGAUCUAUUCAAUCUAUGUACAUCAAAGGCUCAGGAACUGAUUGGAUGGCAAUGUCAAGAAAUUGGGGAGCUAAUUGGCAAUCCAAUGCCUAUCUUAAUGGCCAAUCUCUGUCUUUCAAGGUCAUCACUACUGAUGGAGAAAUCAAACUGUUCCCGGACAUUGUGCCAUCCAAUUGGGCGUUUGGCCAAACCUUCUCCAGUAGUGUACAAUUCUAAGCUGAAAGCGAUUUUAGGGUUCAGGGUUUUGGGUUUGGAAUCAAUCGGCAGAGGCGUGCUUAAUAUUUUACUCAAGCAGCCCGCCAACUCUUUUUUGGGUUGUCUAUUGAGGUGGUGAGGACAUGGAUUUCUGGGGUGGUGGUUGAGAAGGGGAGCAAACCAAUGGACUCAAGAAGGCUCUCAGUUUUGUGCAUUUUUUAACCAAGAAAACAUUAUUGUUGAUGCUCACAACUUGGUGGUGCUGUGUGGAUGUUGCAUUUGUUAUAGCACAUCAAUAAGAGGCGCAAUAAAAUGCAGCUUCAGCAUGUAGAAAUACUUGAAAACUUACAAUUUAUAUGCUUGUAAUAUUAAUCUUGUUCUUGUUGUAAUAGUUACAUAAUUGGGAAUUAAAGUUUCCUGCAAACCCUUUUGCAAAA